UGAGUGUGUGUUUGGUGUGUGUUUGGUAUGUUACAGUCGGAGUUAGCUCACUAGCAGCUCUAACAUUAGAGCACACUGAUUUGUGAAGAUGUAUAAAAACAGAAAGGUGGUGAGAAGGUGCAGGAUCAGGACUUGGGGGAGGGGAGAGGUGCAGAAAGAGCACCAUGAUGUCUCUGUGAGCUGAUCUUAAUGCUCAUAGAGACACCGUGAGACAGAGGGAGACAGAGGGAGAGGAUCAGCACACUUAAUAGGAUUCAGCUGCUUCCAAGCUGCACAAGAAACAUCUCCACUGUGAAAUCACCAGUAACUCACUCAGAUCUUCUGGGUUUUAUUUCUGGUAUUUCGUGUAUAAAAUAGCAGGUGCAUGUGUGCAGGGUGUGAAGGUGUGCUAUGUGUGAGACGUGGUGACUGUGCUCUCCAGCAGCAUGGGGAAACUGCAGAGUAAACUGCGUCGCCGCUCCGAUCUCUACAGGGCCAGAGAGGGGGCGGAGCCUACACCUGUACACCAGGUGGUGCAGUAUGAGCCGGCCCACUCCGACGCUGUCAACUGUGUGACCUCGCUGAACUCUGACCUGUGUGUGUCAGGUGGGAGUGACCAGGCAGUUGUGGUGUAUGACUGGAGAGUAGGAAAAGUGUGCAGAUGUUUUCAUGGCCACAGUAAGGAGAUCACCAAGCUGGGGUGUUUUGCAGGCAGUACGUGGAUCUUCAGUGCAUCUCGUGAUAAGUCAGUGUUGAUGUGGGAUUUCACAGGCGGACCGAACCCCAUCCAGUCCUUCUGUGGACACGAACUCGUUGUCAACGGAGUCGCUGUCAGCCCAGACGGGUCGAGACUGUGCACCGGCUCUCGGGAUAACUCCAUGUGUCUGUGGGACGUCGAGAGCGGCAAGUGUCUACACAGAAACACCAUCUCACGCAACCUGGUGACUCACCUGUGUUGGGUUCCUGGAGGAACAUCAAUAGUCCAAACCUCAGAAGAUAAAACCAUCAGAGUGUGGGACAGUCGGACGUGGCAGGUGACGAACACGUUUCCAGCUAAGCAGUAUAUCCAAACGCACUGUGACGUGAACAUGAACCACUACUACCUACUGUCCAGCAGCAACGGCUUCGGGGGUCACGGCUGUGAGGCCACGCUCUGGGACCUCAGACAGCCAGGCUGUAAGGUGGUGGAGUACAGGGGACACGUCCAGACCACAGCGUGCUGCGUGUUCCUCCCCACAAGCAUCGGCUCUCCUGCACUCGUUGCCUCGUCUUCACACGACAGCUCGGUCAAGAUCUGGGACCAGAACACAGCGGCGUGUUUGUUCACCCUGGCUCUGGACGGUUCGGGGCCGUUGUCGUCGUUAGCUCCGUGCGACUCCAGCGCUCUCCUGUGUGCCAGCUACAACUCGGGCCUCCACCAGCUGCAGGUGUCCGCGGGGGCGCCCCCCAGUGUCAGGGAGGUGGCACGCUUCUGACAAGUGAUAACGCUAACGCCGGCUUCCUGUCUGGAUGGGGAAGGACGUCACACUCAGGGAUACACUGCCAUUCAUCACGCCAUCAUUACUGCCCUACACACACCUCUCUCUUCACAAGCUCCACCCACUAGUCUCAGGUAGUUCCUGAUUACCUGUGGAACUACGCAAACUAUUAGCACCCCUUCUACCUCAGUGGAAAUGUUGUGGGUGGGGGUUAUUCUUUUUAUGUGUGUGUGUGGGUUAGUGUUAGGGUUAACACUGUGUGUGUGUGUGUGUGUGUGUGUGUGUGUGUGUGUGUGUGUGUGUGCGCACGCACAAGCAUCAGGACAUGAUGUUUCCCUCUUUUCUCUCUUUUUUUCUAAACCAGUUAUAUCACACUGAAACACACACACACACAUACACACACACACACACACACACACACACACACACACACACACUCAUACAGCGCAUAGAAGCUUUGUAGCAUUUAUGGGGAACCUGCUUUGGUGUUUCUUUUCCUCUGCUUUGCAUUUACUGAUCACUAAUAUGUAUAAGAACACUGUACACAAACAGGAAGAACAGGUACACACACACACACACACACACACACACGUGGGAUGACACAGUAUGGUCAGUGAAAGAAGUGGACACCUGCAUAAAACCUCUUUAUUAGCUUCCAUUAACCAAAAUAAAGGUAGUGUACAGCUACAUCCUGUUCCCUGUGGAACACACGAUGCAAAUGUUCCCUCACGUACACAGCGUUUAGCUGUGUGUGUGUUUUCGCUGUGGUUCUUCAGCCAGGUGAACACACACUCACAGCGUCAGAGCAGCGUGGUCUUGUUUUGCUUCUAAAUGAACUCAUUGCAGGAAGUGAAUCAAACGUCUCGUGUGAGCUGCAAAAAACUGAGCCAAAGAGUUACAGCACUGGAGAUCAGACAAACAGCAGAGAAACGUUCUAUACACCCUCAUGGAACAUCUCCACACCUGCUGGUCCAUGCAGUUAUCCAAUCACCUGGUGAAUGAAACCAUGCAGGAGCAGGUCAAGAGCUUCACUUGAUGUCUUUUAGGCUCCACCCCCUUUUUAAUUGAGACCCAUAGUUUUUUUAACGAGAUGUUUUAUUGAAGCAUCUCUGAGUGGGAGAGAGAGAGCGUCAAAAACUGUGGGAAAAAAAGACCUCACUGAAUGUAGCAUUUUUAGUGUUUUUUUAUUCUUUUUAAUAUUUUAUUAGUUUAUUAUUGAUAUUAAUUCUGAGAUUCUGAAAUAAAGAGUUCUAAAAAUAA